GGGAGCGGCUGAGGCGGCGGCUCCUCCCCGCUCCUCCUCCCCGCUCCCUGCCCCGGCAGCGGGCUGCCAGCGCCAUGAGGGGAUGCCGGCGGCUGCAGCGAGCCGGGCUGGCCCUCCUCCUGCUGGUUGCUCCGUGGGCAGCCGCCAGGCCGCCGCCCGCCAGCCCGGCCCGGCCCAGCGUGGUGCUGGUGACCUGCGACUCGUUGGAUGGACGCUUGACGUUUUAUCCAGGGAAUCAGACUGUGGGUUUGCCUUUCAUAAAUUUUAUGAAGAGAUAUGGCACUGUCUUUCUCAAUGCCUAUACCAAUUCUCCCAUUUGUUGUCCUUCUCGUGCAGCUAUGUGGAGUGGUCGUUUCACACAUUUAACAGAAUCUUGGAAUAACUUCAAAGGUCUAGAUCCAGGUUAUGUCACGUGGAUGGAUCUCAUGGAGAAGCAUGGCUACCACACUCAAAAAUAUGGGAAAUUGGACUAUACUUCUGGACACCAUUCAUUAAGUAACCGUGUGGAGGCCUGGACCAGGGAUGUUGACUUCCUGCUCCGGCAAGAAGGAAGGCCCAUGGUAAAUCUUACUGGUGACAGGAAGCAUGUGAGAGUGAUGGAAGCAGAUUGGCAGAAUACAGAUAAAGCAGUAAAUUGGAUAAAGGAAGAAGCCAGUAACCUUACUCAGCCCUUUGUUCUUUAUUUGGGACUAAACUUACCACACCCAUACCCCUCACCCUAUGCAGGAGAAAAUUUUGGAUCCUCUACAUUUUUAACAUCUCCCUAUUGGCUUGAAAAGGUAAUUUAUGAAGCUAUUAGAAUACCCAAGUGGUCUUCUCUUGCAGAGAUGCAUCCAGUAGACUAUUACUCAUCUUACACCAAGAAUUGCACAGGAGAGUUUACAGAGCAAGAAGUGAGAAAUAUUAGAGCAUUUUAUUAUGCUAUGUGUGCAGAGACAGAUGCCAUGCUGGGUGAGAUUAUUUCAGCUCUGAGAGAGACUGGGCUUCUUAAAAAAACAAUUGUGAUAUUCACUGCAGAUCAUGGAGAACUUGCUAUGGAGCACAGGCAGUUCUAUAAAAUGAGCAUGUAUGAAGGAAGUUCCCAUGUUCCUCUGCUAGUUAUGGGACCAGGUGUAAAAGAACAGCAGCAGGUACCAAAUCUGGUAUCCCUCGUGGAUAUAUAUCCUACUAUGCUUGAUAUAGCAAGAAUUCCUGUCCCCCAGAACCUCAGUGGGUACUCUCUGAUGCCACUGCUGUGUGGAGAGGCUGGAAAUGAGGUGCCAGCCAGGGGGGCUCGGCCCUCCUGGGUGCUGAGUGAGUUCCACGGGUGCAAUGUGAAUUCUUCCACAUACAUGCUUCGGACUGGCAAGUGGAAAUACAUUGCCUACUCUGACGGCAGCUCAGUCCUUCCACAACUCUUUGACCUUAGUGCUGAUCCAGAUGAGCUAACAAGCGUUGCUGUAAAAUUCCCAGUAGUUGUACAUUCCUUGGACAAAAUGCUCCGCUCUGUAGUGAACUACCCAAAGAUUUCUGCUGCUGUUCAGGAGUAUAACAAGAGGCAGUUUAUCAGCUGGAAACAAAGUUUGGGUCAGAAUUACUCAGAUGUUAUUGCCAACCUUAGGUGGCAUCAGGACUGGUUAAAGGAACCAAAAAAGUAUGAGGAUGCAAUUGACAAGUGGCUUGGUCAAAAUAAAUGUUCUAGUGUGCAUCAGCAAGUGGAGAGCUGCGACCUGCAGCCUGUGCACAGGAGUUGCAAUUGAAGCUUGCAGAAGGAGUUAACAUUAAAAAAAGCAACCCUAUUUUACGUUUUUCCAAGGAUCUGAUAAAAAAACAAAGCUGUUUUGGAAGAAGGUAAGAUCAAGCUAGUAACUCUUCUGCUUAAGGAAAAAUGUUUGCUUAUUCUCCAACACAGUUACUGCUGCUACAGUAACAAUCCAGGAUGGCUUUAUGCUUCCGACCUAAAUGCUUUCUGGAAUCUGUAAUGAAAUACUCAGCAGUAGCAGUAAGCCAGUAAAAAUAAACAUUAAAAAUACAUGUAUUUUCUGAUGGCUAGGCACUCCGUGUGCAUUUUGUAAACAACUUACCACACAAGAAUUAAGUACAUAUUUAUGGAUGUUUUAGCUACUUUAUAUUUUUGUGUCCACAGAACAUUGAGGCUAGUGUUACACUAAUUGCUUCUAUGGUAACAUUUUUUCCUUUUGGGGUUGUUUUGUGGGGUUUUUUUGGUAGGCAAGGAACAAAUUAAUAGUUAAAAAAACCCUUAAAAUGCUGUAGCACAUGGCAUUAUAAUUCUUGCUAAAAUGAGUUCAGACAGUGAGGAAAUCACUUAAACAAGGAACGCAUCUUAGCAGUGUAAUGUAAACCCCCUGCAUAAGUAGAGAAAAUAAAGAUAUCCAUAUUAAGGCUCAUUUAGUGGGGAGAAUAAAUAAACUGAUCACGUCGUAGAACGCAGUACAGUUAUGGUGUACUUGGAUGUAUUUUGAUUGUGGGUUUUUUGUAGUGACUGAAUGCUUGAAGAAGUUACUAGGGAAAGCUGUAUUCUAUCAGUUCUGUGAACACAGUGCUGUCUUUCUUUAAAGACAUGAGCUUUUAUGAUGAACUUCUUUGCAAGUGUUAGGGUGACAAAAGUGCAGUUAGUGAUACUCUGUGAAAUGGAAGAAUAAACUGGAAAAAGAAACUUCUCACUGUAAUCCCUUGCAACAACUUCCUGUGCCACAGAGUAUCCCAGGAAACCCAGUGCACAGUGGCAGGUUUCCACAUUCCUGCAGGAAACCCCAGGAACGUGCCAGCUCACAAAGCAGGGCUGGAAUGUUGGGAUUCUUUUUGUAUCUGGUCUUCUUAAAAAUUUUAUUUAAAAAGAAAAUACUUAUUGUUGAAAGCAGAAUUUUUACUUUUUUUCAAGUUAUUUGUUGUGAG